AUGGAACAAAAUCCAUGUUCCAACCCUGCAUGUACCGAUCUCGUCUUCCGCUGCUGGAAGAAAGGCGAUGGAAAUGAAUGGGAGAUAACCACGAGGGCCGCCGGCGACAAAAGCCGGCGUCUCUUGCCAACCCGCGAGUUCAACGUGUGCAUUGUUGAGGCCAAGGCCCAGAAGAUCCGUGAAUGUCCAGUCUGCAAGCGACACUUUGCGGAAACAUUCGCCAUCCCAGACCUCUGGUGGAAAAAAUAUUGCAGAGACUCCAACGGUUAUUUCGGCUACCAGACCACCAUAGACGACGACGGCAACACGACCGCAUUGAAUACGUGGGCGCGCUUCCCGGUCAAGCUCACCAACAGCGAGCACCCAGGGUACGAAUGGUUUAAGCUCAACGUCUUUACACGCUGGCUCCCAUCACGGCAGCAGACUAUUCUCAUCAUCUUCGAUCUUCGAACGCCCGCGGCGAGCUGCAUGACGCGAGUGCCCGAGAGUGAGCUCGACCCCCUGUUCACCAUACCAGACCCGAGCUACUUCAUCGACCCGUACUGGAUAUACAUCCAACUCCUAGAGAAGGUCGUCACUAUGCAAGACGCCGCUGUGUGGGCGGUACGCGACACGGUCAGAACGACGGAGAAGCAGAGGGAUGUGGUGAACUCAUCGGGCGAGUCGAUGCCGAAACCGACACCGGACUACCGCCAUUUGCACGAGACCGCGAGGCACGCCAUCCACGUCUCGGAAACCCUGGACUUGGGCGUCACGGCUGCCAGGAAGAUCUUGGCGCAGCACCAGAGUCUGAAAGACGAGUCGGGGGCUGGUGCUCGGCAGGAAGCGGCCUGGAAUAAGGCCUGGCAUCACACUCACCAGCGGUUGCAGUUCUUCGAGGAGAUGCUCAGCAGUCUCCAGGAGCGGUCGGCUUCCAACAAGGCCCGGCAUUUUAACGAGAUUUCCCUCGCCUAUAAUAUGGUCGCCCAGUUCGACUCGCGCGUUUCGGUAGCCAUUGGCCGUGCGACACAGCGAGAUAGCGAGGCCAUGAAGACCAUCGCUUUCCUUACGCUCUUGUUCCUGCCGGCGACUUUCGUGUCCGCCGUCUUCAGCACAUCCUUCUUUAAUUUCGAUUCCGAGUCGGGGUCAUGGCAGGUUUCAGACCAGUUCUGGAUUUACUGGGCAGUGGCGGUGCCUAUCACUGCUGUAACAGCCGUUCUGUGGUGCUAUCGCCCCCAUUUCACCCUCUUUGGAGUCCUCGAUUCUCUCCAGAAAAACCGGGUUUCUUCGGAUGCAGACUUCGAUAUUGAGAAUGAACCAGUGUAUUCUUUUGCGUCAUCCGGUUUGAUUCAGAAGAGAAAGGCAUGA